GGGUGAGAGGUCGGGAAGAUGGCGGCGGCCUUGGGCGAAGAGGCGCCGGACAACGAGGACUACUACGCGCUGCUCAACGUGCGGCGAGAGGCCUCUCAGGAAGAGUUAAAAGCUGCCUACCGCCGGCUGUGCAUGCUGUACCACCCAGACAAGCACAGAGACCCAGAGCUGAAGCUGCAGGCUGAGCGGCUGUUUAACCUGGUUCACCAAGCUUAUGAAGUGCUUAGUGAUCCACAGACCAGGGCCAUCUAUGACAUAUAUGGGAGGAGAGGACUGGAGAUGGAAGGAUGGGAGGUUGUGGAAAGGAAGAGAACUCCAGCUGAAAUCAGGGAGGAGUUUGAGCGUUUGCAGAGAGAGAGGGAAGAGAGAAGACUGCAGCAGAGAACUAAUCCAAAGGGAACCAUCAGUGUUGGAAUAGAUGCUACGGACCUCUUUGAUCGUUACGAUGAAGAAUAUGAAGAUGUGCAAGGGAGCAGCUUUCCCCAGAUUGAAAUAAACAAAAUGCACAUAUCCCAGUCCAUUGAGGCACCACUGACUUCCACAGACACAGCAAUACUGUCUGGUAACCUUUCUACCCAGAAUGGGAACGGAGGUGGAUCAAUUAAUCUUGCUUUUAGACGAGUGACAUCUGCCAAGGGAUGGGGAGAGUUGGAGUUUGGAGCAGGAGACCUUCAGGGGCCUCUCUUUGGUCUGAAGAUAUUCCGUAAUCUUACGCCAAGAUGCUUCAUCACUACCAACUGUGCUCUGCAGUUCUCGUCCCGUGGGAUCCGCCCAGGUCUCACCACAGUUCUGGCCCGCAACCUCGACAGGAACACGAUGGGGUACCUGCAGUGGCGGUGGGGCCUCCAGUCAGCCAUGAACACCAGCGUUGUCCGGGACACGAAAACCAGCCACUUCACUGUGGCUCUGCAGCUGGGAAUCCCCCAUUCCUUCAUGAUGGUCAGUUAUCAGCACAAGUUUCAGGAUGAGGAUCAGACGCGGAUAAAAGGCUCUCUAAAGGCAGGGUUCUUUGGGACCAUUGUGGAGUAUGGAGCAGAGAGGAAGAUUUCCAGACACAGCAUCCUAGGAGCCACCGUCAGCGUUGGUGUUCCCCAAGGAGUGUCUUUGAAAAUCAAGUUGAACAGGGCUAGUCAGACCUACUUCUUCCCUGUCCACCUAACAGAUCAGCUGCUUCCCAGUGCUGUAUUCUAUGCCACUGUGGGACCCCUGGUUGUCUACUUUGCCAUGCACAGGCUAAUCAUCAAACCCUACCUCAGGGCGCAGAAGGAGAGAGAGCUGGAGAAGCAAAGGGAAAGUACUGCCAGUGACAUCCUUCAGAAAAAGCAAGAGGCAGAAGCUGCAGUUAGGUUGAUGCAAGAAUCUGUCCGGAGGAUAAUUGAAGCAGAGGAAGCCAGAAUGGGUCUGAUUGUAGUGAAUGCCUGGUAUGGGAAGUUCGUGAAUGACAACAGCAGGAAGAAUGAGAAGGUGAAAGUAAUAGAUGUGACUGUGCCCUUGCAGUGCUUAGUGAAGGACUCCAAGCUCAUCCUCACAGAGGCAUCCAAGGCUGGGUUGCCGGGUUUCUAUGACCCCUGUGUGGGUGAGGAGAAGAGUUUGAAAGUGCUUUAUCAGUUCCGGGGAGUUCUGCACCAAGUGAUGUCAGCUGACAAUGAGGCCCUCAGGAUACCAAAGCAAUCUCACAGAAUCGAUGCAGAUGGCUAAAUCUGAUGAGAGCUGCACGUCUGUUACAGUACCUGGGUCAGCGGAGACAGCAGAACCUUCCCCCAGAUGCUACAAGCUUGAACAAGAGACAUUUUUAUUUUUAUCUGUAUAGCAGGUGGUGGCUACCAGUCACGUUAGGAUCAAAAAUGAGAGAACCUGCUUCCUGAGGUGGCUUCAAAGCAAUACUUCUCAAUUGUGGCUCAGUAAUCAAUAAAGCAAUGUGACUCUGAA